AUGCUAGAGCCGGCCUCGUACCUCCUGGAACUGCCCAUCGGCGAUGGCGCAAUGCCCGUGUCCGUUGCGGCGGGCUGGGUUGGUUUAAUCUGGUAUAUCACUGUGCUGGUUGUCUGUGCCUUGGGAUAUUUUCAGAUUUGGCGAUAUUUCUUGCGACGACCCCGACGCUCGGCAUUGGCCGAGAACACUGACGCGCCUCAUGUCACGGCGAUUCGACCGGUGAAGGGUCUCGAGCCACAUCUGUACGACUGCCUUGCGGCCACCUUUCGCCAGGACUAUCCGCGUGACAAGCUCACCGUCUGUCUCUGCGUGGCCACGCGCGAUGACCCAGCCUACCCGACCCUUUGCAAGCUCCUUGCCGAUUUUCCAGAUGUCGAUGCGCGUGUUUAUGUCGAAGAGGCGGACCCAUUGUUGCAAGGCAGCGGCCCUGACGCCUACGCGCUUGGGCCUAAUCCAAAAAUUCGGAAUAUGAGCCGUGCGUACCGUGAAGCGAAAGGCGAUAUCAUUUGGAUCAUCGAUUGCAAUGUCUGGGUAGGAAAGGGUGUCUGUGGUCGCAUGGUGGACCGACUUUGCGGAACAGGGGCUACUUCAAGCAAGAAAUUCAAGUUUGUACACCAUCUGCCUGUCGCAGUGGACGUUACGGGCGAGAACAACUUGGGUGGAGAGCGACAAACGUUGUUAGAUGCCCGUCCAAAUGCCACUGUACCGAGGGCUGCAGACCUGUCUUUGACGUCGAGGCGACCAGAAGAUGGGUUCACGAGCGCCAUUGAAACGGGUGGUGGUCGUCUGGAGGAGCUGUUCCUUUCUUCGUCGCACGCUAAAAUGUACACGGCAAUUAACACGGUCCUCAUUGCCCCGUGCAUCGUAGGCAAGUCUAACAUGUUCCGUCGCUCACACCUGGACUACCUCACUGCUCCGGCCCCAGGAGAUCGCAACCAUCGACGCCCUGGCGUUGACUACUUCUCGGACAACAUCUGCGAGGACCAUCUGAUAGGUGACUUGCUUUGGCGCAAGAAGAUCCGGGAAGAGAAGGAACUCGGCGAGCGUUGGGGCAAACAUGCCAUGGUAUUUGGGGACCUAGCAAUCCAACCCGUGGCUAACAUGAGUAUAAGAGGAUACAUUGCUAGACGAGUGCGAUGGCUCCGGGUCCGCAAAUUCACUGUGCUCCUUGCAACCCUCGUCGAGCCCGGCACAGAGUCUUUUGUCUGCUCAAUCUACGGCGCCUGGGGCAUCACGACCGCGCUGGCCCCUUACCUCGAGCAGAAGGGAUACUCUUUUGCGACCGGCCUCGCUACCUGGACCUCAUUCUUCGCAAUCUUUGCGCUGAGCAUAGCAGUCUGGAUCCUUGUUGACUGGACCCUAUACAUCAAGCUGCACUCCGCAAAGUCUAUCGAGCUAGACGAGGAUACCCCGGUCUUUGCACGGCCUAAUCGCCAACCUUCUCAAGCCACGCGUCGACCAUUCCUGCAGUGGUUCGCCGCCUGGCUGGGCCGCGAACUCCUGGCAUUGCCUAUCUGGAUCAUAGCUGUCUAUGGUGGCGUCACGGUUGUCUGGCGAGAUCGGCGAUUCAAGGUUGGAUUUGACGCCAAGGUUCGCGAGAUUGACUCGGAGAGUGCGGCGCCAUCGGAGGGCUCAUACUCUACUGGGUCUGUUGUAGACUGGUUUCCUGUGUCACCGCAAAGCAACGGUGGAGUGACAGGGAAAGUCCGUCGUGACUGA